AUGGUCGCAGCCUCCGGCCUCCCGACGUGGUCCUCCCCCAACCAGAAAUUCAAUGACCGCGACCAAUCAAGGGACGAGUCGGCCCCCAAGCUCCUCGAGCCGAAUGACUCGCAGAGGCUGCAAGCACAACGCAGUGGACGACCAAUAAACACUCCCAAGCACCAUGGCCCUCCCACCUCAACUGAAGAUGGCAUGAGCGAUGUUGGUAGCCAGAAACGAAGGAGCCUGCUCUCGAACCAUACAAUACUCUAUGGCGGGCCUUCUUCUCACGAUAACGAACUUCCGCCGCCAUCACGAGGUACCGAAUUCUCGGACCAUGUUAUUACAGAUCGUGGAACGUCAAAUGCAAGCCCUACAGGAAAUACAACCGUGCGAAGCCUUGGUGAGAGUGUAAGGUUACUCCACGAUAGGCCACAAAUGGCAACACCGUCAAACCUCAACUUGGGGAAGAAUUAUAAUAAGCCCAGCAGCCCACAGGAUAAUGCACAGAAAUCACCCAUGUCUUUUGGUUCUGGUUUCCUAAUGCCUGGCAAAAAUGACGGCCCUGAUCGGCGUGACUCGAGGAACCAUGAAAGACUCUCCUCAGCUGCGUCCACUCCAGGUUCCGUAUUGCAAAAGGGAUUCAAGGCCGAGAACAAGCCAAAUUUAGGGAAGAACUAUGAAUACUUUGCGGGAAACACAGUGUUUUGCGGUGGAGGCAGGUUUCAGAAUUCCCGCGAUAAACCAGUCAAUAUCGCGACGGGAAUCAUGGUAGUAUUGCCCGCUGCACUAUUCUUCGGAUAUUCAAAUUUGCACCCAAUGCCCCCAGCCGACCCAAACGAAGAUCCAUUAACUCCUGGACCGCCUUCCAAUGAUUGGGUGAUGACAAAGCUUGCGACAUCAGACGUAGCGGCCAUGGAUGUUCCAGUGAAGUACUGCAGAACAUGUAAUAUCUGGCGGCCUCCGCGCUGUUAUCAUUGCCGUGUCUGCGACAACUGCAUUGAAACCCUAGAUCACCACUGUGUUUGGCUCAACAAUUGUGUUGGGCGCCGCAACUAUCGCUACUUUUUCACCUUUGUCUGCUCUGGAACGAUUUUGUCUCUCUUUCUUAUGGGUGCAAGCUUGGGACAUUGUCUUGGUUACCGUAACCAAGAGGGAAUCUCGUUCAGUGAAGCCAUUUCCAAAUGCCGGGUUCCUUUUGCCAUGUUUUUAUACGGCCUCCUCGCAGCACCAUACCCCGCGUCGCUCUGGGCAUAUCACUUCUUUUUAAUGGGCAGAGGCGAAACGACCCGAGAAUACCUUAAUUCCCAUAAGUUUCCCAAGGAAGAUCGACACAGACCAUUUACCCAGGGCAAUAUUCUCAGGAAUUGGAUCGCCGUGCUUUUGCGACCUCGGCCCCCAACUUAUGCCCAAUUCAAGAGACGGUACGAAGAAGGGGAUCAGCGUUUUGAGGCCGAGAAGCGCAAGUACAGAGCGCGUGACCCGGAAGCACAGACUGGCGAAGGAAUGGAAAUGCAGGGAGUUCCCAAUGGACCUGCCUCUAAUAAAUAA